AUGGCCCACGUGAGACACUUUCGGACAUUAGUUUCGGGAUUUUAUUUCUGGGAAGCAGCACUCUUACUCAGUUUGGUUGCAACAAAGGAAACAGAUAGUGCAAGAUCUAGAAGUACUCCAAUGUCACCUUCUGACUUCCUGGAUAAAUUAAUGGGGAGGACAUCAGGAUAUGAUGCAAGAAUCAGACCCAAUUUUAAAGGUCCUCCAGUUAAUGUCACAUGCAACAUAUUCAUAAACAGCUUUGGCUCUAUUGCUGAGACAACUAUGGAUUACAGAGUGAAUAUCUUUCUUCGUCAGAAAUGGAACGAUCCUCGCCUUGCAUAUAGUGAAUAUCCUGAUGACUCUUUAGACCUAGACCCUUCCAUGUUGGAUUCCAUUUGGAAACCUGACUUGUUCUUUGCCAAUGAAAAGGGUGCCAACUUUCACGAAGUUACCACAGACAACAAACUGUUAAGAAUUUUCAAGAAUGGAAAUGUUCUUUAUUCAAUAAGAUUGACAUUAACACUUUCCUGUCCGAUGGAUCUCAAGAAUUUUCCGAUGGAUGUGCAAACAUGCAUAAUGCAACUGGAGAGUUUUGGAUACACAAUGAAUGACCUCAUUUUUGAAUGGCAAGAUGAGGCACCUGUACAAGUGGCAGAAGGACUCACUCUGCCCCAAUUUCUGUUGAAAGAAGAGAAAGAUUUACGAUACUGCACUAAACAUUACAACACAGGAAAGUUUACAUGCAUAGAAGUGCGAUUCCAUCUCGAACGACAAAUGGGAUACUAUCUGAUCCAGAUGUAUAUUCCCAGUCUCCUGAUUGUUAUUCUGUCGUGGGUUUCAUUCUGGAUCAAUAUGGAUGCUGCUCCAGCCAGGGUAGCUUUGGGAAUAACUACUGUGCUGACUAUGACCACACAGAGUUCAGGAUCCCGAGCUUCCUUACCAAAGGUAUCAUACGUCAAAGCUAUUGACAUUUGGAUGGCAGUAUGCCUCCUUUUUGUGUUUUCAGCACUUCUGGAAUAUGCAGCUGUAAAUUUUGUAUCAAGACAGCACAAAGAACUUCUGAGAUUUCGACGAAAGAGAAAGAAUAAGACAGAAGCUUAUGCACUGGAGAAGUUUUACCGUUUCUCAGACACGGAUGAUGAGGUCAGGGAAAGUCGAUUCAGCUUCUCAGCCUAUGGCAUGGGACCGUGUCUGCAAGCAAAGGACAGCGUGACCCCCAAGGCCCCAAACCGUCCUGCCCAGGUAAUGCCAGAAAGCCCCGAUGAAAUGAGGAAGAUAUUUGUUGACCGGGCCAAGAAGAUUGACACCAUCUCCCGAGCCUGCUUCCCAUUAGCCUUUUUGAUUUUUAAUAUUUUCUACUGGGUUAUCUAUAAAAUUCUUAGGCAUGAGGAUAUCCAUCAGCAAUGA